GAGACAGGCGGAGGCGGCGAUGGUUUUCACCAGUUUGCGUCUGAACAUUCCGCUCACAAUCGGCGACGCGCUUGCCGGCUUUCAUCUAGUACCUCCACGUGUAGAAGAUGAUCCAAUAGUUGUGUCCAGGGCUAUCAGGGCUGGGAAGGAACAACAAACAAGUGCUUUUAGGACUCAAGACAGACUAAAAAACCAGCACACCACAGAGAUGGUACAUCAAAGUGAAAAUGUAAAUCUCGUCCAAAAUACACCAAAAUUCAAGAACAUGGAUAUGAUUGAUGCAUUGAUGCUGCAGAAACGAGCAAAUGGACAAUCAUCUCAACGUUUGCUGGAACUAACGGAACUCGUGGACAACCACCAACAGUAUUCUAUGUUUGCCUAUGGUCAUGCGGCAGCCGGGAUAUUUAUGAGGAUCUUUGACGAUUUUCGUUGUGCGGAUGUUUGGGGUCUCUGUUGCGCGUUCACUUGCUGUCCGUUGUGCUGGUUGCCAUUAGACGGUGGCCGGCGUUGUUCGUGCCUCUGUGCCGGCUGCUGCCCAGACUAUCCAGGAUCUAAGGUGAAAGUUGUCCAUGACGAUUGCUGUCGCAGACAAGCGCGUUGGUGGGCCCUAGUUCGUCGUGGCCGUGCGCAAAGCACCACUGAGCGGUCGGGUCGCACAGACAAUGCGUGGUUAGGCUUCUUGGCACCGAGAAAAUGGAAAAUCAUUCUCCAAGAAGCAAGAUCAUCUGCCACGGCCAUGAUGACUGGGCGUGCUGCUGCCACGCAGACACCAGACGACAUCAAAAAGACCGCGAAGAACGACGGAGCGGGAUGGGACUACACCGUUGUAGGGCCUGCUGUCCGUGCAAUUGACCGGUCCAAGAGGCAACCUGGUCAACUUGGAAAAGCGUUGCCAGAUACUACAAAUGAACAACAUGACGACGACUUGCAUGAACAAGCUACUAAUUUGGAUGACGUUACACGAUUUGUUUCCUUCCGCGGCACCAGUCAGCGAGCUCCCGUCACUGCAGUUGAGACUUCGCAAGCAACCAAAACCAUGAAUGGAGAGUCCUCUCCCUCCGCAGCCGCUGUAUCUUUUGAGAAGUCAUUCGCCACCACGACCACCUCUGCUGGUACUGGUAGUGCAACCACCACCACCACAGCAGGACCAGAAGCAGCAGGGGGAUCAACAUCCUCAGUAGAACAAGUUGUAAAGUCGCCUUUAGAAGUUGUGCAUUGGGAUGUUUCAAACAAAGACCAUCCUACAUGGGGUGUUCUGCUGGACCACCGUAUAAAAAGCUGGAUGAUAGUGUUGCGAGGAACGAUGAGUCCCUCAGACCUGUUGCGCGACGCCGAUGCUGGGUUUAUGAAGAUCGAUGAAGAUGAUCCGGACGACCAAUACCUACACUCCGGUGGCCUGGAUGCCGCCUGGUCUAUACUGGAAAAACUAGAGGAGAACAACCUGUUGCAAGGACUGGAUCUCGAAGCAGGAGUGUUUGUACAACACAAGAACAAAGACGAGAAGGGCCCAGAUAGUUUACUCUCCGGUUCUUCCGCGGGGGCAAGAACAUACUCCGAAAACCAGAUCGUUAAAGGUCGCAAAGUAGAGGGCCACGAGGUGGAGAGGGAGACCUCUACUACUCGCUAUAGGGUCAUCGUGCAAGGCCAUUCGCUAGGUUCCCUUGUCGGUUUACCACUGAGCAUUCUGCUAAAACGGAAGUACGGGAUGCGGCAUCUGCGUUGUUUGCUGACGGGUCCCGUGAUCGCAGCUGUGUCGCCAAGACUAGCGCAGCUCUGUGAACCUUUCACUGUCUGUUAUGUCUAUGAAGAUGAUGUGGUCAGUCGCUUGACCGUGAAAGCAACCAUUUGCGCGCAAGACCGCAUGUUACGCCACAUGAUCAACCGAGGCGCCGAAACGACGAAGUUCCGUGUCGUUUGCUGCGGUGCCAAACCAGCGAUAGAGGUUCCUGCUUUUCAUUCCAGAAAGCAUAAGGACGCUGAUGAAGAAGGUCUUGAAGACUACGACGAUAUCCCUAACCGUUCUGCAGAUGAGAGCGUCCCCUUAUUUUUGAAGAAUUCUACUAGCACACAGAGUAGUUCUUCCAAACAUGGCCCCAGAGGACCACCCGUUCUGCUCUAUGACCGCUCCUUAGUAGAACUAAACCACCUCCCACCAAAACUGCGUGUCGACAGCGCUCUUGCCGGAGUCGUGCUGCAUCUUCAAAAAUCCUCUAGUGGUACUGAAGAUGAGAGGUAUCAGAUGAACGUGGUGGAUCGGGCAGCAGAAGCUGGAUUCUGCGAUGAACUUGUGGUUAGCUUUAAAGCUUUUGCAGAUCACAUGCCGUCCGCCCAGCAGAUAGCCUGGGACACGUGGUUCAAAAACGCCUUGAUUCCAGCAUUGACAGAACUAGGAAUGGUAGAAGAGGUAAGUGCGAAGAUGAAGAGGGCAUAAUGAUGAAGUAUGAGUAGUUUGAGUAAGUACUGCUACUGUGUAAAAGAUGAAGAUGUAGAAGAAGUAGAUGAUGAAAGCUUAUAGAGGAUCGACAAGCAUAAGGAGAAGUAUAACUAAGUAAGUACAACAGCGUGAAGAAGAAGACAUAGUACCAGUAGAAAUAAGUCGUCGAUGAUGAAUUACAUUUACACGCAAUCGCAAAGUGAGACUGAUAGUGAAAGUUAUGAAAUCGAUGAUAUGGGAGAGCAGGGAGCCAUGAUACAACAUCAACUUCUGAUUGCUCUACAAUUUUCGAAAUGAACUCAAGUUUGUGCUGAACGAAGUAAGAUAGAAGGGUCUUGAUAGUAGAGGACC